AUGUCACGAGCACUACUGACGAUUGCUUUGUUUGCGUCGGUGUUACUGAGCGUUUUGUUGCAGUCAGCUGAAGGCGCGGGAGCUGACUUCAGUGACCAUAUUUUGCAGCGGGAUGCCGCCACUGACCAAAUACCCGGUCUUUGGUUGUCCGAUCUGUUUUACCGGGCUCUAAACAACUUCACUUUGAGGCGGGCGGACGGCCCCGCUUGCCGCCGCCAAUCCGCCUUGUACGAGGAACAUUUGAGCAAUCACACUAGUUGGGCCGUCAGAAUGCUAGAAUCUUGGGACCGAUAUCCAGUCGGUUUACUUUCGGGGAACACAUAUCAAAUGGGAGUUUAUGACGAAUGUGUGGACAUACGUUAUCCAUUGAAAGGACAGUAUUGUCUGUCUGAAAUAAAAGUAAUUCCACCUGCAGGAAGAGAUUACAGUUUCAAAAGAACGGAAGAUUUAGACGAUUUCGGUAACAACCAUGCCUGGAAAACCAUACUUGGGUGGGCCGAUUACCAGGACCAGGUGCCACGAAACCAUUUUCAUUGGGGAAUUUGCAUACCGGACGGGUGUUCAGCGUUAGACUUACAGACAUCCCUACAAAGAGAAUUUGACGAGGCGUUUUCCCCUGAACAGUUCAAAACGGUCGUCAGGGUAGACCCGAUAAUGUGCAGGGUCCGCGAAGAUAUGUAUCCCUACGACACGCCGUAUUACGUAACUUGGUGGAUAUUUUUUCUGCUCGUUCUGAUCUGUUGCUGUGCGACGUUACACCAUCUUAUAAGAAUAUCAUACCAACAAAACACAAACGAAAACGGUGAAGUGCCUAGUACAUUUCUCUACGAGUUUUCAUUUAUUGAGUCAAUCAAAACAUUAUUGAAAUUCAACAAACACGAUAAAAUUAAUUUUUUUUCUACGCUCAAAGUAAUGACGAUGGUUUUUAUUCUGUAUGGACAUAAAUUGUUUGCUUUGUUUUCGAAUCCUAUAAGUAAUCCAAAGUUCAUGGAAAAUAUAUACCUCAACGGGCCAGCUAUUAUUGUGACUGGUUUGAACAUCGUUGACCCAUUUUUUUACAUAAGUGGUUACAUCAUUCACACAAGCCUUUCUAGAGAAUUUCAAAAAAAAAAGGAUGAAUCGGUUUGGAAGGCACUCUCGAUUCCAAUAAUCGAGCGAAUAAUAAGAUUAUUACCGGCUUACUGUGCGAUGAUGGCAAUCACGGCGCAUUUUGUACCCCACAUCGGAGACGGUCCGCUGUGGCCACUUAGGUCGUGGGAAGAAGCCGAGAAAUGUAAGAACUAUUGGUGGACCAACCUGUUGUUCAUAAGUAAUUUCGUUGAUGUCAACCAUCAGUGCCUCUUUAUGAGCUGGUACUUAUCGUGUGAUAUCCAGUUUUUCAUAAUUGGAGUUAUUGUCGUUUAUGUUUACACGAAAAACACAAAAUAUGGAAUUGCAUUGCUUGGCACAAUAAUUGGUUUGUCGAUAUCCCUGCCGUUCAUAAUCACGCUUUGGACGAGAAGAGAUGGAAUUGAUAAGUUUCCUUUACCAAGCCUAUUGUUCCCGAAAAAUUUUUUUUUGUUGAACGAAUCGUACCGAGCAAGUUACAUGCGGGCCACACCAUUCUUUGGAGGCUUAGCCAUGAGCUUUGUAGUGGAAAGACUGAAGGAAAAAAAAGUGAAAUUUUCACAAACGGUGGUUCACGGAGGAACAUUGGCCAUUGGCACGGUUUUUUUUUUGGCUUCAGUUUUACGGCGCUGUAUUCUAUGA